AUGACAAAACAGGAAGAGGCAUAUAUGAUGAGGAAGUUAAAACGUCUUCAAGGAAUGGAGGUGAUAGAAACCUUCUUAGGUGGACCGAGUGGCCUUGAGGAUGUUGGUAAGGUCGAGGCAAUGCUCCAUCUUCUGGUGGCAUUCUUCUGGGAAGAGGAGAGAAUAGAAAGAACUUUAGCUUCACCCAUCCCUUCUCGACCUUCUGCUUCGAAUCCGACUCCCAAAGAUAAAGGGAAGGCUCAUCUGAUAAAGGAUGAUGAUGAUGAAGAAGAGGUACCACUUCAGAGAAACCAAAGAGCCUCUGCUCCCCUAACUCCAGAUGUCAAUCCUGAAUCGGCCCUUGAAGAUGGUAGAAUUCUCCUUUCAGGCCUAUUUCGUUCAGUAUUCGGAGGAGAAACUUGUGAAAAAAGAUCAAUGAGGGAUUCACCUUUUAGGGAUGAGAGAAUGCCCGAGAUGGGUGCUGCGCCAGUGACUCGGAGACCAGGGAAAGAAAUAGCUUUGGGACCUUCUACCAGGGGACAGAAGACUAUAAAGCUAGAGGAGGGGGAAGAUCUUCCAUCUUUUGAGCCGCAAUCGGGCCUAAACGCAACUGCUGAAGGGGGUGUUGUUGGGAGGAGGCUUCCUGUUUUUCCAGAAUCAAGCGUGCCUAGUGCUUCUGGGCCUAAGUUUGAGAGUGCUGUUAACCUUACAAGUGCAGAAGGCAAGCAGAUUAUUGGAGGUUUGAGAAAGCCUGAUGAAGCACUUGGUGCCGUGGUGGACAAGCUCAGGGCUCUUUGUGCUAGAGAUAUGCCAUAG